UUAGUGUUCUGUCUGUUGUGAAUAACUCCAGUUGGCCUCUUUUGUUACUUAAUCUCACAUAGUGCAAGCCAACCUCACAUUAUUCUAUCCAAGCUCAUUGCAGUCGCCAUGCCUUCGUCUGCUAUCACUGUGCGUCUCCUGAAGGAAGAAAACCCCUCUACUAAAAAUAUUGUCAGUCCAUAUCUGGGGAAGGACUAUCACAAACUUGUCCAGGAAUGUCUGCAGCAAGGACGCCUGUUUGAGGAUGCCAACUUCCCUGCCGAGUCACAGUCACUGGGGUACGAUCAGCUGGGACCCUUCUCUGAAAACACUAGAGGAAUUAAGUGGAAGCGACCACAGGAGAUCUGCCAGUCCCCUCAAUUCAUCUGUGAGGACAUGAAAUGGACAGAUGUGUGCCAGGGAGAACUUGGUAACUGCUGGUUUCUUGCGGCGGCUGCUUCCUUGACCCAAUAUCCAUUACUUAAGGAGCGGGUUGUUCCCCCUCAACAGAGUUUUGAGUCUGGAUAUGCUGGAAUCUUCCAUUUCCAAUUCUGGCAGUAUGGAGAAUGGGUGGAUGUGGUGGUUGAUGACAGAUUGCCAGUGAAAGAUGGAAAGCUGGUUUUUGUCAGCUCUGCGCAGAAAAGUGAAUUUUGGGCAGCUCUUCUUGAAAAAGCGUAUGCAAAGUUAAAUGGAUCCUAUGAAGCUCUGGGCGGGGGAUUUAUGAAUGAAGCAUUUGUGGAUUUCACUGGUGGACUGGGUGAGACUGUGAAACUCAAGGAGCCUCCGCCAAAUCUCUUUUAUCUGCUCCAGAAGGCAGUGAAGAAGAAAUCACUUAUGGGAGCUUUCAUUCAGGCUCAGAGUCAGUCACAGAUUGAAAAUCAGACUCCAGAGGGACUGGUAAAAGGACAUGCUUACUCUAUAAUAGCAACUUGGGAGAUACAAAAAAACAGUAAGAAAAUUUCCCUUCUGCGUCUGAGGAACCCGUGGGGCAGAGUAGAGUGGAAAGGGAACUGGAGUGAUGACUCCGCCUUGUGGUCAGAGGUAGACCCUGAAAUCCGACAAAAACUGCAGGUCAGAAGUGAAGAUGGAGAAUUCUGGAUACAGAUGGAAGACUUCCUGCGCUUUUUUGAUAUCCUGGAAGUCUGCAACCUUACACCAGAGUCAGUGACAGAGGAAAGUGCUCAUUUGUGGAAAACAAACACCUUCUGUGGGAGAUGGGUGGGACACAGCGCAGGAGGGUGCCGAACAUACAAAGAUACUUUCUGGACCAAUCCACAGUUCCUGGUGACUCUGACAGAACAGGAUGAAGAAAAACAUGGCAAGUGCACACUGUUGGUCUCGCUCAUGCAGAAGAAUCGACGCCAGGGCAGAGCCAAAGGACGAGACUUCCUGUCUGUGGGAUUUGAGAUCUACCAGGUUCCAAAAGAGUUUGACAAUAAGAUGUGUGCAUCGGAGAGGAGGGAUUUGUUCUCCACACUUGAAUCUGUUGCUUCGUGUUCAUUCAUGGUUGAGAGGGAUGUUACUGGACGGUACCAGUUGCCUCCUGGGCAAUACCUUUUAAUCCCAAGCACAUUCCAACCCCACCAGGAAUCUGACUUCAUCCUGCGAAUCUUCACAGAGAAGCAGCACAAGCUCAUGGAAAUUGAUUGUGAGAUCAGAGCAAAUGAAAAUGUAUUUAAGGAACCUGCACUCAAAGGCACCAUGGAGGAAUUCACAGCUCACUUUGCACGUCUGUCUGGUCAGGACAAGGAAAUCAGCCCUGAAGAAUUACAGAGGAUUAUGAUGCAAAUAACAUUCAAACACCCCCAUCUUAAGACAAAUGGAUUUUCUCUGGAUAUCUGCAGACUGCUGGUGAAAAUGGCAGAUCUAAACUCCAAUGGGAAACUGCAGCUAGAGGAGUUCAGGAAGCUGUGGAGCAAAAUCAAGGAGUGGGAGAAAAUAUUCACAAAAUAUGAUAAAGACAGGUCAGGAGCUAUGGAUGUUCAGGAGUUGCGUCUAGCGCUGGAAGCAGCUGGCUUUACCCUCAACAACCGGCUGAUAGAAUCUCUGUGCCAGAAAUAUGGUAACACAGUUAGGCAGGUGUACUUCGAUAGUUUUCUUUCCUGCCUGGCGUAUCUCGUCUGUGUUUUUGAGCAAUGUCGGGCUAUGGACAAAAACAAAGAUGGUGUAAUCGGCAUCAGCAAGCAGGAAUGGCUACAGCUCUUACGUUUAAACUGAAAAUACAAAAAUUAUAAAAUGCUGUAAAUCGUAUGUGGAUGUCUGAAAAUGUGCAGCACUGAAACCUUCCAGCACAGGCAAAACAGCAUCGUUUGGUUAAUCCAGCAACAGCACUGACUUUUUUUUUUUUAACUUCAUAACCUUCAUAACCUGUAAUUGUCUUUUCAAUAUGACUUGUCCAAUAGCACUGCAGCAUUGAGAAGGAAUCCUUGUGCUGCUGACAAACAAUAAAUCAUUUACUCUUUGUUUUA